AUGGCCACCGGUGUGUACCCAACGUUGACUGCUCAGCUGAUGCAGGGAAACAAUGGUCUCGUGGGCGCCGACAGUAACGACAACAACAACGAAACGUUAACUGCAUUCUUGAACGUGGCUCCACAACAACAACUUUACUCUGGAUCACUUCCCGACCUCAAAACUCAGUUGGAUCAACAUCAAAAGUUACUGGAACAUUUAGGAAACUUUCAACAACAGUCACCUGCAUCAAACUCUUAUCUUCAUAAUUCAAUUCUUGCAACGUCAACAUUGCCACCUGCUUAUUCGAAUGCAUUAGGCGGCAACAAUUUUGUCGAUAAUUUUAGUUAUGCCAAUCCAGCAGUCCUUCGGCAAUAUCAGCAGCAGGUUGAUGAGCGAUAUAACAACAACGUCAACAACAACAACAAUGCAAUAAUGAAUGACAACAAUUCGUAUGCUCUUAUCAAUCGGGUUAUGCUACCAGCAACAUCAAGUGAUGAAAAAAGUUUAACUUUUGUUGGCGGUUCCAAUUUCAAUGUUAUUAACCAACAACAACAAUCGCCACAACAUCAACACUCCAACUUGCCUUCGAGUUUACCAAGUUACUACUACGUUGAACAUCAAAAUUCGCACAAGCAGCACAACCCUCAGCAGCAGUUCCCAAUACUCUCGUCAACCCCACCAAGCACAAUUGAAUUCUAUCAGAACCAACAACCACAACAACAUCAGCAUGAACCUCCCCCUCCUUACCCCUUCUCAAAAUCAUCCUCACUUCCUCCCACAUCACCUCCGCCAGCCAUCACAUUAACGAGUAUCGACAACAGUUUAGACAUCAACGACGUCAACACUACACUCCUCCUCGAUAGUCCACUUAUUGAUCCCAGUAACUACGGGUACAGUCCUUCGUGGGACAAAUUUUUACAGUCACCUGUGCCUUUAAACUCACCAGUCAGGAAGGCAACACAUUUGAACUCUGCAUCGCCAUUGGUUGCUGGGUUUAGUCAAUCUCAGAGCACUGCUUCUGAUGGGACAAAUUAUAAUAAGGUCAUUGGAGUAAAAGAAGUUAAAAAUGAGUUUGAAUUUAAUCCUAAUUUUGUAAAAGUUUUGCCCCAACAAAUACUUUCACAGCAACAGCCAAAUUAUCAACAACACUAUAUUCAACAUCAGAAUGUUCUACAACAAUUACAACCGAUGACGUCCGUACCAAAAAUAAAACCAUUAAUGACAAUGUCUUUUGCGUUAAGCAGCAGUGACGGCACACGUGCCACUCCGCAGAAACCGCCAACAAGACUUGACAACAUGAAUGACAACAACAACAACUGCACCACCUUUCCCUCUCUGUCGUGUCUCGGAGACUCCUUCGACGAAUUUGACCAAUUUAAUACAGAUGACAUCAAGUUGGACCCGCUGGACAUCAACGAGCUGGCCCUCCUACACGAUACCAACUGCAAUGUUACCGAUACGGACAUUUUCAAAAUUCAUCAAAAUAUCCACACCGUAUUUGAGUUUGGUUUUCGCAGUUUUAAAAGUUUCCGAACUUUACAAGGACCUGAGGGCACACCAUCCUAUUGCACUUGGAAAACCGAAUUGUGUGGAAUCGUUUUGAAAACACCAAUGACAAAAAAUCAGGGCAAACAUUAA